UUGUCACAAAUCGUACGGCGAAUGUGUUGGAAAUUUUGAAAGCAUGGAGAAUCAUUCAACUCAAUACAACAACAUUGAAAGUACAGUGGAGUCGGGAGGAGCUAUCCCUAUGAAUAAUCAUAAUGGACAAUCGGGUAUUACUGUCACCGUUGCUGUAAGAGUGCGACCUUUCAGUUCUUUAGAAUCUUCCCAUGGUAGACAAUGCUGUCUUCAGGUGGAAAAGCAAGAUACCAUAAUGAUUGGAAAAGACAAGUCCUUUACGUUUGACCACGUAUUCGACUCCAACACUUCGCAAGAAGAGCUAUAUAAAAGCAUCGUUUUGCCUCUUAUCAAUGGAAUAUUCGAAGGAUUUCAUUCUUGUCUAUUCGCUUAUGGACAAACAGGAUCUGGAAAGACAUAUACUAUGGGAACUUCUUGUUUUGGACCUGUCACUCCAUCUCAUGGAAUCAUACCACGAGUCAUUGAAGACAUCUGCAAUCAUGCAAAAACGAUGACCAAAGAUUAUGAAAUUUCCUUGAAAGUUUCUUUCAUUGAAAUAUACAACGAAGACGUUCGCGACUUGUUGAAACAACAUUCCAAAAAACAUCUCGAUGGGAGACCCAAUGCAAAGGAUUCCUUUUCACUAGCACCCAAUUCGAAAAUCCAAGUACGAGAAGAUGAAACAGGAAAUGUUUUCUUAGAGGGAGUUAAUGAAGUUAACAUUCAAACUUACGAGGACGCCAUCGGAUGUCUAGAAAGUGGUGCGAUACAUAGAGCAACUGCUUCUCAUGACUUGAAUGAACGCUCCUCUCGAUCUCAUGCCGUAUUCACUAUCUACUUAAGUAAGCGACCUAUUCAAGGACCCAAAACAGAUAAAAAGAUAGUCUCCCAAUUCCAGUUGGUAGAUUUGGCAGGAUCCGAGAGAGCAAAGAGAACAAAUGCUGAAGGAACUAGACUGAAAGAAGGAAUUAGCAUCAAUACAAGUCUUUUGGCACUAAUGGAAGUCAUCAGUGUAUUGGGAGAUGAAAAGAAACGGGGAAGUCAUGUUCCUUAUCGCCGCUCUAAACUGACUCGCAUCCUUACCAACUCAUUAGGAGGAAACUCAAAAACAGCAAUGAUAGCGUGUAUCAGUCCAAGUGAAGACUCUAUGCAAGAAACUCUGAAUACCCUAAAAUAUGCCCAUCGAGCAAGAAAUAUUCGCAACAAACCAGUAGUCAACUAUGAUACUACAUUUUCCGAGUUGCAAGAAUUGCGCAAAAAAGUGGCACAGCUGCAAGAACAACUAGCUGCCUAUGAAAACAGUGGUGCAAUGUUGUUAACUUGUGAACAUCCAACCAAAAACAGUGUAAAAGAGGAACAGGAAUUUCAAGGACAGAGGAAAGGUCCAAAGAAUGUUGAAGAACUGACAAGUCAAUCUGAGUCUCGAAGUGUUCUCGAGAGAUAUCAACAGGAAGUCAAGUCACUUAGGCGCUGUGCACACUAUUUAAAGUUGGAACGUGACGUCCUUGCUAUCCAGAUAGAGAAUAUGGCAGCAACCAACAAACGACAAAAAAGAAAAAACUUUCUGGACUUUGCGUCCCAUAACUUGGGAGACUCUGAUGAGGAAGACUUACGAGAUACAAAGUCUUCGACGGUGUUGGACCCUAUUCUGGAGAGUCCCAAACAUUUAGAGUCCAAAAGUGAACUUCUCUCAGUGGAACAAGUGACACCGGAUACUUCAUUGGAUUCAAUUAUACAACAAGAGGACCAUGAAGUUUGGGAAACUGAAGCAAAGAACAAAGAGAAACUUCUUGAAUGGUUUCUCAAAGACAUAUUCGAUGACUCAAGUCACUGCCUAUUAGAGGAGGAGAAUGGCAUAGAAUCCAUCAGCAUCGUCCAGUCCACUGAAGAAGGAUGGCUUGUAAAAGCUGAGGAAAGAAAGUUAGAGGCUUGUUUAGAAGAGAUUCGUAAGAUUUUGACUGAAAAGCAGUCUGCCUUACGAAGGAUUGCUCAUAUCGAAAGAUUUCUUUUGUUAGAAUGCAACAAGUAUCGAAGGUUGAUUGCUACGAAGAGAGAAGAUUUGCAGACACAAGAGUUCGAACUGAGAAAAUGGCUGAAUCCUAAAGGAGGAGAACAAACUUCACAAGAGGUACCUCUUUCUAUGGAUAUGAAGACUGGUCUUGGAAAUGGUUUCUCCAUUGUUGAUAAGUUUCAACGAGAUACUCGAGAGAUGGAGACAUUGGAGCAGAAUACUUAUCGAUUGGACACAUUUCUAUCAUAUUGUAAGAAGAACAAAGCCAUUCUACUGGACGACUUUAAACAUUUGAGAAAGUAUGAAGUCAAGGUCUGUAGACAGUUGGAGAUGAUUCAAAAUCGUCAAGCUUCCAAAAAAGCCAACAAUGAUGAGUACGAUAUUCUUAUGAAAGAGGGAACAACUAAAAAUGACAAUCACGGUCAUCCUAUGUUUGACAAAGCAGAUGAUUUGAUUCAUACUUUGGAAACCAAUAUAUUGGAUAUUCUCAAAGAAAAAUUGACUAUAGAUGAAACAAUCAAUCAGGCCGUACAAAAGGAAGUGGCAGUUGUGAAUAAACACGCUGCUCAUGCUUUGCUCAAUGCAGUUUCCAAUCAGGAUAGUAAUCAAAGGAAAUCAGAGACACAACAAAAGGCUCUCAUGGAUUGUACACAGUCGACAUUCUUGUAUUCUGAUGUGGAAGAUAGUUGGAAUAUUAUCCAUUUACAAGAUUCCAUUGAGGCCUUGGAUAUCGAAAUUGAAUACCGCAAACAGAGAAUCAGACAAGGUCAAGAUAUCAUAUCGCAUCCCGUUCAAAAAUGCAAAGCGUUGUUUGAGAAAAUCUAUUUGCUUCCAAAUGUAAGUUUACAAGUGCGAAUUGCACUUUUGGAAUUUGUCAAGAGAUGGUUGAAGAGUCAAGAACAGGUGAAGAGUUUCAAACAAACUGAACAAAAACUCCGUCAAGAACUCAACAACUUAAUCAACUGUUUUAGUGAUUGGCAACAAAGAGCAAAAUGGCAAGAGUUGGAGAUGGAAAGUUGGAAAACUCAACAAUGUUUGCAUGAAUUGGAAAUGAUUGAAAAAGUGAUCAGUUUAGAUGGCUAUGAAGAGUAUAAUGAAGAAAACCUCUUGGAAGGUGUACAAAGAAGAAUUUCGAAUACAUUUCUUUCUUCCGGUGACAAUGACUUGGAGUCAUCUUCUUUAUUCGAUUUCGAUGAAGCAAGUGUUCAUGCAAAAUAUCCCAACGACUUGUUCGAUCUCGAUUGGUCUGAUAUGGAAAUGGAAAGUGCCAUAUAAGCUUUAUCAGUUGUUACUUUCAGGGACAUUCCCAAUUUCUUUUUCGAAUUUUAUUAAAAGCAAGCUUUCUGAG